UACGAGUAAUACAUACCACUACAUUAAAAAUGGCAAAUUUUUUCAUGGAUCUAAAGUCCAUACUCAUUAUAUGGACUUUAGUACAUUUAUGGUAUUAAAGAGAUUUAAUCAUUAGAAAUGGCAGGUGUGAUAGAGAAGACAUCAAUGGCUCUAGUUUUCAUUUAUAUGCUCCAAUUGUGUUACUUUUUCUUGUUUGCUGCUGCUUCGGGUGAUGCCAUAACCACUGGCAAACCCUUGAGAUAUGGAGAGGUUGUGGUUUCUAAAGGAGGAAAGUUUGCUCUUGGGUUCUUCACCCCGGGCAAAUCCAGGCUUUACUAUGUGGGAAUCUGGUUCCAUAACUUGCCAAAAACUGUUGUUUGGGUUGCUAACAGAGACAAUCCCAUGAAUGACACCUCUGGAUUUCUCUACCUCAAUGAAGCAGAUGGAAAUCUCGUCCUCCGCCAAAACUCCACCAACAUGCUCAUCUGGUCUACUGAUCUUUCUGUCACAGGUAAUUAUACAGCCAUGGCCCAACUCACGGAUAUAGGUAAUCUUGUAAUGAUUGGAAACGAGUCCCCCACAACUGUGUUGUGGCAAAGCUUUGAUCAUCCCACUGACACCUUUCUUCCAUAUUCCAAAUUGGGUUUCAAUAAAAGAACUGGUCAGAACUGGAUGCUGCAGUCGUGGAAGACAGAAGAUGAUCCUGCAACAGGAAGCAUCUCACUUAGGUUCAAUACAUCUGGAAGAACCCAGGUUUUUCUAUACAAUAAAAAUGUUCCACUGUGGCGAGUUGGAUAUUUCUUCAGUGGCGAAAAAGAUGUGGGUUCGCCAUCCAUGAGACGACAAGUAUCAUAUGCUUUCAAUCUUUCAGUCACAGAAGAUGAUAAUGAGGUCCAAACUUUGUAUCACCUGGCCGAUGCUAAUGCUAUCUUUCGAGUUGGAGUUGUUCCGGCAGGAUACAUGCAAGCAUAUAAAUGGGACUAUACUCUAAAAGAAUGGAAGAUAUAUGGGUCAUAUCCACAACUCAACUGUGAAUCCUAUGGAACUUGUGGUGCCAACAGCAAGUGUGACUCCGUCAACUAUGCCUACAACAAGUGUUUCUGCCUACCUGGCUUUGAGCCCAGAAACUCUACCCAGUGGCAAAAUAACAAUGAUGCAUCAGCAGGUUGUGCGAGGAAGAAAGGACGACCAUCCAUGUGUAGGAAUGGAGAGGGCUUCAUCAGAGUAGAAAGUGUGAAGAUUCCAGAUACUUCCACAGUGACUGUUCAAAAGGAGUUGAGCAUGGAGGAAUGCCAAAAAGUGUGCUUGAGGAACUGUUCUUGCAAUGCCUAUGCAGUGGCAGAUGUGACGAAUGGAACAAGGGAGUGCUUGACAUGGCAUGGUACUUUGAUGGACACACAGGUCUCAAAUAAAGAUGUUCAUGAUUUAUAUGUUCGUGUUGAUGCUAUUGACCUUGCAAAUUACGCUAGGAGGUCCAAAAGAGAGCUGACCAAGGCUGGAAAAGUUGGAAUUUUAACAGCUUGUGUCACUUUGAUCACUCUUAUAAUUGCCUUCUUUGUCUACUGCAAAAGAAGAAAAGGUAUGGGAAUUGUGGAGAGAAGGAAAAGCCUUGGAAACAGUGGAUUCAAGAUUGGGUGAAUCAUAUCCUGUUGACUUGGCCUUAAGGGAAUUAGGAAGGAAAAGAAAAGACAAUCAUUUUU